AUGGCGGGUGUAACUCUUCAGAACGGUUGUCUGCAGGGACUGGCUGAAGGGGAUCUCCUUGACCCAGCAUUCCAGCAGCAUCUGGAGGGCGCUCGGGCACUGCUGAGGCAGGAGAUCCAGAGGGAGCUGAAGAUCAAAGAGGCAGCUGAGAGACUCAGAAAAGCUGUCACGAAUCGAAAGAUCGCCGCUGAUGUGGACGGACAACUCCGAGCUUCCACUCGGAAACUGGAACAGCUUCACUUGGACCUUCAGGAACUGAAUGCUCGUACCAUGGUGACGGAGAAAGACAGCCGCACAGAAGAUGACACCUCCCCAGAUCCCUGUCGAUGGGAGGAGACUCGGUCGCCUCUGGCCAAUCACAUAUGCACCCUAAAGAAACAGCUUACCAUGGAAAUGAAAGUGAAGCAGGGGGCGGAGAAUAUCAUUCAGACAUACACCAAUAGUGCUGUCAAGGACAGAAAGAUGUUGUCCACUGCCCAGCAGAUGUUGCAGGACAGUCGCACUAAGAUUGAGCUUCUGCGUAUGCAGAUUGUGAAAGUGACUAAUGCCAGAGAGGGAGAGCGAGAGUCCGCGGAGCCAGAUGGUCGAUCCUCUGAGGUGAUCUCUCCUCUGGAGUUGCGUGUGGAGGAGUUGAGACAUCAUUUACGUAUAGAGGCAGCAGUGGCAGAGGGUGCCAAAAAUGUAGUGAAGCAACUGGGAGGAAGGAAGGUUCAGGACCGGCGUGCACACGCCGAGGCUCAGUCCAGACUCCAGGAGUCAUCUCAGAAGUUGGACCUGCUGCGUUUGUCUCUGGCUCAGAGACUGGAGGAGCUCCCUCCUGAUCACCCAAAGCGAGCUGUCAUCCGAGAGGAGCUCACUCUGGGAACCAUACCAACACUUGGGCCACCCAGAGACCGUCUGCAUUCUUCAUCGUCAUCAUCGUCUUCGUCAUUACCGUCCUUCUUCAAACCAGCUCGCCUCACUGGACGAUUAGAGGUUCGGCUGAUGGGUUGCCAGGAUUUGUUGGACUCGGUACCGGGUCGGUACAGAACGAGUUCCUUGUUGUCCUCACCGGGUAGCCCAUCUGAGACAAAAUCCCUGAGGAUUAGGACGGGUCUGUCCACACGUAGUGGCAGUGCGAAAAGUAUCAGGAGUGAUGAACUCUCCACGGAGAUCAGUGCUGUGUUGAAAGUGGAUAAUCGUCUGGUGGGUCGAACUCAUUGGAGACCGCUCAGUAAAGAGACCUGGGACCAGAGCUUCAGCAUCGAAUUAGAGCGGGCACGGGAACUGGAGAUUGGUGUGUACUGGCGGGAUUGGAGGGCUUUGUGUGGUGUGAAGUUUCUGCGUUUGGAGGAUUUCCUAGACAACCAACGACACGGACUGUGCCUUUACCUGGAACCACAGGGAAUGCUAUUCACUGAGGUGAAAUUCAUCAACCCUGUAAUUGAGAGACUCCCUAAGCUCCAACGGCAGAAACGAAUUUUCCCCAAAGAGAAAGGGAAGAACUUCUUGAGGGCGGCACAGAUGAACAUGAACUUUGCCACGUGGGGACGAUUUAUGAUGAGCGUCCUUCCCCCCUGCAACAGCAAUGUCACUGCUAUGAGCCCCCCCUUGGCAACCGCAGAUGUUACUUCACCUCCCUCAGCUGAGAAAAAACCCAUAUCUACACCUCCUCCCUCAGGAGAUUCAGCGGUGGUCAAACUAAACUUCAGUGAAGAACGUCCACCCAAACCUCCACGUCUCCUGGUUACCAAGACGCCCACAUCAGAGACGGCCAGUUCCAUGAAUUCCAGAGCACAUUCCACUGAUGACAAUCAAGUAUCUAAGGGCACAAGAGUGCAUCAGCCUUCUCUUAAGAGGAAAGAGGGCAUUCAGAUGGAAGAUUUCAGUUGUAUCUCAGUGCUGGGCAGAGGGCACUUUGGAAAGGUGCUGCUGGCGGAGUAUAAGAGGACAGGGAAACUGUAUGCCAUUAAAGCUCUGAAGAAGGGCGAUGUGGUGACGCGGGAUGAGGUGGACAGUCUAAUGUGUGAGAAGCGGAUCUUUGAAACGAUAAACGCUUCCCAUCAUCCCUUCCUGGUGAAUCUCCACGGAUGUUUCCAAACAGCAGAUCAUGUGUGUUUUGUGAUGGAAUAUUCUCCUGGAGGGGAUCUAAUGACACACAUACACAGCAGCAUUUUUACAGAUCGACAGACACGGUUCUAUUCUGCCUGUGUGCUCCUUGGACUGGAGUUUCUGCACCUCAAUAAGAUAGUUUACCGGGAUUUGAAGCUUGACAAUCUCUUGAUGGAUGCGGAUGGCUAUGUGCGUAUAGCAGAUUUCGGUCUUUGUAAAGAAGGUAUGGGCCAUGGUGACCGAACAUCCACGUUUUGUGGAACACCUGAAUUUCUGGCCCCUGAGGUCUUGACUGAAAGCACGUACACCCGUGCUGUGGACUGGUGGGGACUGGGAGUCCUCAUCUACGAGAUGCUGGUCGGAGAGUCUCCAUUCCCAGGUGAUGAUGAAGAAGAGGUGUUUGAUAGCAUAGUGAAUGAAGAAGUAAGGUACCCCAGGUUCCUCUCCCCAGAGUCUGUCUCCAUAAUACAGAAGUUAUUGCAGAAGGAUCCUGGGAAGAGGCUGGGAGCAGGAGAGCUGGAUGCCAUUGAAGUGAAAAGACACAGAUUCUUCCAGGGUGUUGACUGGGAUGCACUGUUAGCCAAGCGUGUCAAGCCUCCAUUCCUGCCGACCAUCAAAACUCCUGGAGAUGUCAGUAACUUUGAUGAGGAGUUCACGCGGCUCAAACCCAUACUGACACCUCCACAAACCCCCUGCCCCAUCACAACAGAGCAGCAACAGAUUUUUGCCGAUUUUGACUUCUCUUGUCUAGACUGA